GGAACUUACCGAACAUCUACCGAAGAUUAAUAUACUGUGUGCAUCGACCGUGUUUGACAGGUUAAUAAAACCAAACAAUAAUUCUAUUUUCGUUUUGAUUAAACUGAAAUCAUUUUGGUUUGGUUUGCAGCAAAAAGAGGGGCACAAUGGGAGGAAAAUUAACAGACAAAGAUAUGGACCAGCUAGAACAAUGGAUAGGUACAGGUCCUAAAACAUUUACACUUCUCUACGCCAUUUCAAGAGAUGGAUGUAAUGCUACAACGUUUCACCAGAAAUGUGACAACCAGGGACCUACAGUCACAGUGCUGUAUAACCCACAAGGAUCAGUGUAUGGAGGUUAUGCUCCUGUCAGCUGGAAUAGUGUUUCUGGCCAGUAUAUCAACAACACUUCUGCUUUUCUGUAUCAGCUACGAUUUAGUGGAAAUGAGAAUACUACAAAAUUCCCAAUAAAAUCAUCACAUUAUCAGUAUGCUCUCUGCUGUGACCCAUCAUACGGUCCAACAUUUGGUGGUCAUGACAUCCACACUUUCUCAAGCACAGUGAACAGCUCGGGCACGUACUUUGCUCUUAAUGGUUCCACAAGCUUUGGUCACUCUUACGACAACCAGGGUUUAACUAUAAACAACAUCAAUAAUGGCAAUUUGAACGUCACGGAGCUAGAGGUCUACAAAGUUAGUUAUAGUCAGAGAGUCUCAAAAUCAGAACCUUGGCGAAAAACCAAAGCAUGGAAUAAAAAAUUUCUGGAUGAGCUUACAGAGGAUAUAGUAGCUUUCAAACCUCUAGAAGAUUUGAAUGUCAAGGACGCAAGAAUCUUGAUGAUCGGUCCAGUUGGAGCCGGCAAGUCAAGUUUCUAUAACACCAUCAACUCCAUAUUCAGAGGUCGCAUUACACAGAGGGCAGGCAGUGGUAGCGCGGAACAAAGUUUAACGACAGCAUACACGCCUUACAAGGUGAAGGUAAGGUCAGGUGCUACGCUUAACUUUCGGUUGUGCGACACACGUGGUUUAGAGGAAUCACAAGGACUAGAUGUUAUGGAAUGUAAUUACUUACUAGAUGGAAACAUUCCAAAUUACUAUCAGUUCAAUCCGGCUAAACCAAUCACUCCAAAGAGCCAUGGUUUCAAGGCAAAUCCCAAACCAGAUGACAUGAUUACAUGUGCAGUAUUUGUUAUGGACGCUACAACACUUGAAGUGAUGUCGGCAAAAAUCACAGAGAAAAUGAAAAGUUUCCAAACCUUGAUGAAUCAGAGAGGUGUGCCACAAAUCAUUCUACUAACGAAGAUAGAUAAACUAUGUAAAGAGGUUCAGGCAGAUAUUUCCACGACCUACAAGAACUCUGUGGUUGAGAAACACGUGGAUAAAGCUUCACAAUUGCUAGGACUACCACGUGCUAAUGUACUUCCGGUGAAAAACUACGAGAACGAGGUUGAGCUGGACGACAAUGUCAAUAUCUUAGCGCUGUUGUCUCUCCGACAGAUCUUGUAUCUUGCUGAAGAUUUUAUGGAAAAUGUGCUGGAGAAAAGAAAUGAUGAAGAAAUGGAAAUGGAAAAUCUGAAGCUAGAAAAUUAACUGAUUGACGUUGAUCUGUGUUCCAUUAAACUACAUUAGUAGUGUACCAUUUACAUUCAAGAUCAAAUUUGUUUGGAAGUUUAUCAGACUUUUAUCACUGCAGUUAAUCCUGAACUAAUGCUUUGAACAUCUUCAAGUGUAUAGUCAUACUUGCUUUAUAUUCUUAAUACAAAACUUGCUAUAUUUCAUUAUUAUAUUUGCCAAUUAUAUUAUAAUUUGAAACAACAAUUUAUAAUAAUUCAUGAAAUAAAA